AUGUCAUCCACACCGGUCCUACUAUUACUUGGAGCCGGAUCCAAUCUCGGCUCAAGCAUUGCCGCAGCCUUCUCACAAGCAGGAUACAAAGUUGCUCUUGUCGCGCGGUCUAUCGAGCCGGGUCUUCGUGAAUCCGGACGCUACCAUAUCCGUGCCGACCUGAGUAACGGGGAAUGUAUCCCUCGAAUCUUUGACGAAGUGACAAAUACCGUUGGCACUCCAAGCGUCGUGGUCUACAAUGGCAAGUUUUCCUCCUCGCCCCCUGGUCUCUCCCCUGUUCAACCCCUUCAAGCACUUGCCAUCCCCGUACAGUACAAGCUCGACAACGAAUCAGACCCAUUCGCAACCUUGGCUCCGGAGACGGUACAUCAAUUCCGCACGACCAUGGCCGUCAACGGAACCACACCGCUGAUCGCCGUACAUCAUGCCAUCCAGGCAUUUCGAAAACUGCCACCCGCCGCCACCGGCGCGAAAGGGGGAACGUUCAUCUUCACCGGAAACGUACUGAAUCGUGUCGCCGUCCCCGACAGGUUCAGCUUCGGAUGUGCAAAGGCCACAUGUGCAUACGGGAUCAAGAUGGCUUCGGUGGUGUAUGCUGGAGAGGGCAUUAGGUUUUACUAUGCCGAUGAGCGGAAUUCAGAAGGACUGCCUGUGAUGCGAGACAUUGACGGGCCGGCCGCGGGGAGAGUCUACCUGGCUCUAGCGGAGGAUCCAAAACAGCGUGCGUGGAAUUACACAUACACCAAAGACGGUGGGUAUGAGGACUUCGACGCCGGUGGAUGUGGAGAGUACCUGUCGGUCAGGCAGGCGAGGACUGUUGAGUCAACGAAAGGGGGAAGAGAUUGA